AUGAUAUUCAUCGUUCGAGGCCCGGAAGGCCAAAGACGGGUGGAAGUGGACGAGGCAAGAUCCCUUGGACCCCAACUGCUCGCUUUCUUUGAGGUGGACCAGAUAAGUGUGUUCUCAACCCCGGACAAGCAGGACGAGUUUGAUAAGAGCCAGACACCAGUUACUUUAGGGCUUAAGAAUGGCCAAGUUCUGUAUGUUGAGUAUGAAAAGAAGAAUGAGAUGCCGAAGAAAAGGCAGGAUGGUGACAAGACCAUAAAGAGAGGGAGGGAUAGGAUGCUGUGCCAGCAUGAUUCCAAUGCAAUGUGUAGUAACUGUGCACCUUUGGAUCCAUGGGACGAGAAAUAUUACAAGGACAAUAUGAUCAAGUACCUUAGCUUUGGAUCAUAUCAUGAGAUGAUGAAGAGCAAGAAGAAGGAGCUGUAUGUUGAUGACUAUUCUGUUGUAGUAUGUUCGGAUCAUGGAUCCAAUACAAGAUGCAAUAGAUGCCAGGAGAAGAACAUAAUACUAACACCUCAGGUAUUCAGGAUGGUUGAUCAUGUUGAGUUUGAUGGGCAGCACCUAGUGGAGAACUUCAUUAGGAACUGGAGAGAAAGUGGAAGACAGAGAUUUGGGUUUCUUGUAGGAAGGUAUAUGGACCAUGACAUGAUUCCAUUGGGGAUGAAGGCUGUUGUUUCUGGAAUAUGGGAGCCAGAGCAAGAGGAUUAUCCAGACGGGUUUGUAAUAACAGGAUCUAUAGACGAACCCUUUGGCGGAACGGGGUUUGGGAUAGUUGGGAUGAUAUACACUGAUAUCCUCAUGGAAAAGGGUGGGGUGACAAGUGACAAGCUUAUUAGAGACUAUUUCUUAUCAUCUUUAGAGAUUGAAUUUAUGGCAAAGAUGCAGCUCAUGCACCCACACACUCUUAAGGAUGGAGGCCAUGAGGUGGAGUUUGGGUCAAGGUUUGUGACCAUAAUUGCCACUGUAGAAAAGGACGGAAGCAUAGGUCUCCAAGAAUACCAGGUAAGUAAUCAGUGCAUGGCGCUUGUCAAGGGAAAUUGGAUUCUUCCUACAGAAAACCCAAAAGUAUUUCUGGCAAGAAGGGACAUUCUUUAUAGAACAAAAGCAAAGGAAUCAAUGAUUAAGGCAGAUCCCUACCUUCCAGGAGAGUUCUUCCUAGUAAAGCUGACGCAUGGAUGCAAGGCAAAUCCACUCUUCAAGAAUACUGAAUUCAUUCCAAAGAAGUUUGGGGAUAGAAGGAUGGCCGAAUACUUUGGAGGAGACUUUUCGUUGGAGAAGUUCUCGAACUUUACUCUUCUAACAAGGAUGCGGGGGAUGUUUUCCAACUGGAAGGACCUUUUCAUAUGUAUAUCUUCACAGAAUAGAAGUAAGUUCAAGGCCAUCUCAAAAUCAAAGGAUUUCAAAAGCUUUGUAUCCAGCAUGGAAAGGUAUAGAUGUGCUGGAUGGGAAUGUAGGGCGUGUACUUUUGUUAACGAAAGAAACACAUCUGCCUGUGAGAUGUGCAAUGGCAAAAGGGAGUGA